AUGCCCCGGCGCAGAAAGCCCGGACUCCAGCCCGCGUCUGCCUCGUUCAACCUCCGCUGGCACAGCAUCGCAGACCCCAACACGCCUAGUGUUGAUAUUAUGAGCUCGCCCGACCCGCUGAACGAACCCACUAUAAUAUCGUUUCCUACUACUACUACUGCCGCUGCUGCUAACAACAGCCUUGCGCCCGAUCCCAAGACCCAGCCCGCGUCGCGUCGCGUGUCGCACAGCCAACCGAAUCAUCGCCUCCUCUCGCCAGCCUCGCCCCGGAAACAGACGCUCAACGUGCAAGCGGGUGAACCAGCAUCGCCGCAGCGGUCACUGGCUUUGGUCCAGACGGAGGGCCACGGCGACGGCGGCCCGAGCGACACCAUGGCCUCGACCCCGAACGGCGCGAGGAGGAAGCUGUUCAAGUCGCCGGUCUCGUCGCCUUCUACCGUGCGGCGCAGGGCCGGCGAAACAGUCACGACGACGGUCCCGCUGCGGGAGACUGGCGAGGACGAGCUCACAACCGCCACCACCCCCAGCAGGAGACGGGGCCGCCCUCGAAUGUCUAAUGGAACGCCCAACCCGGUAGCGGGCAUCAAGAGGAGAGCGGGAUCACCGAUCAGCCGGAACCCACGCCGUAUACGCACCGACAAGUUUGGAGGAGGAGGAAGCACUAUACAGCUACAUCCUGAUGACGGCAAAGAAAAUUUUCAUGCCACGCCGGCAACCUCAAAGAAGCGAGGGCGUCCGCCCAAAACCCAGGCCUCUCAGCCGUCUAGUGAAUUGGGGGCUGCGAAACGAGGUCGGAGACGACAGGCAAUGGCGCCCGACGAGCUGGUUGGAAUAGCAGAAGAAGCAACAGCAGAAAGAAGCCAAGUCCAGAGCGGUCGCCGGACAAGCGAAAGCGACGCCGUGGAUUUAAUACCGCCUCCAUCAUCGAGACAAGGUCCUGACAAUGACGACAACGAGGCGACACCCAGGGCCGCAGGGCAAUCUUCGACUCGUCAGCGGCCCUCCAAAAGCAACCAUGACAGCCGUGCUCCCGAAGCAAGCGAUCACUCCACCGUGGACGAGCACAUCGAUGACUUUAGUUCUCAGACCAACGAUACGAUCGCUCAGGGAGAGGACUUUAGCAUGAUCUUCAUGAAUGGAAUCCCCUCGCUACAGGGCAGUCGCAACGGUAACAGUUCAUUCCAGCCUGUUGGAGAUGAUGACGAGGUUGGCGAAGAAACGCAGCUUUUCAUCAAUAACACACUGGAAUCACUAAGAAGGGAAGUUGCGCAAACCAGCGAUCCAGUAGAGAUUACAGAGCAGAUCGAAAUCCCUGAGGAGCCCGAGAUCGAAGACCAGCCGGAGCCGGAACCCGUUUUUGUUCCUAUCAUCCGAGAAUCCGCAAGAAACGCGCGUCUGAGCCUCAGUCCGUGGUGGUCCCGUAAACCUAAGAAGAUGGGGACCUCGCCACUGAGGCAUCAGACUCUGCGGUCAGCUGCAAAGAGGUCGGGGAGACUGUUCAGGUUUGAUCAACAUGAGAGGGAGGACGAGCCGACGCCCACUAGAGCUGGUAAACAGCCGUCAUCCGCACAGUCCAGAAGGGAGCGCUCAAACUACCAAGAUUCCUUUUCCGAUAUUCCUCGAAAUUAUCUCGAUGCCGCGGCGCCUAAGCCCUUGAACUUUGCUGCCACUCAGAGUGACCGAAGAGUUGACUUGGGGGAGUACGGAUUGCAACGAGAGGACGAACAUGCCGAAGAAGAGCAAAUUCAGGAGCAUCAUGCGGAAGAGCAUCCUGAAGAAGAACAUGCCGAGGAGGAACAUGUCAAGGAGGAACAUGUCGAGGAAGAACACAUCGAGGAACACAUUGAGGAGGAACACGUUGAGGAGGAACACGUUGAGGAGGAACACGUUGAGGAGGAACACGUUGAGGAGGAACACAUCGAGGAGGAACCAGCCCAGUAUACCGAAACGCAUGCGGAUGAUGACAUUGAAGAAGCUGCCGACAAGGCCCCGGAACAAGGUUUUUUUGCUACGCAAAGGUACAAUAGAGCCUUCUUGGCACCGGGGAGGUUUGCAGUGCCUGACACGAGUUCUCCAGUACGGCAUAUCGAAGACGAAGAGAGUGAUCAUGAAGAGCAUGGGCACGAAGAGCAUGGGCACGAAGAGCAUGGGCACGAAGAGCAUGGGCACGAAGAGCAUGGGCACGAAGAGCAUGGGCACGAAGAGAGUGAGCACGAAGAGCAUGGCCUCGAAGAGCAUGGGCACGAAGUGUAUACGCAUGAAGAGCAUGGGAAACAUGGAGACUACGGUGGCCAUGAAGAUCAUCCGGAAUUUGAUGAUCACUAUCAGGAGGGGCAAGAGGAGCACGAGGAGCACAGAGAUUUUUUAGAGCAUGAAGAGCCGGGGCAAGAAGAGGAGCUCGAGGAGGAGCAGGAACAGGAACAGGAUAUGGAGCUGGUGCACGAUGAGGGAGAGAGAGAGGAAGACUCGGCACACCACGAGGGGCAAGAGGAAGAAAUGGAAGAGUAUGACGAGGAGGUAGAAGCGGAAGCCCACAAACAGCAAGAAUGGGAGGAGGAAGAGGAAGAGGAAGAGCACGAAGAGCACGAGGAGCAUGAAGAGGCUUUGGAAGGAUAUACCGAGCAGCAGGGGAGCGAAGAGCAACACGAAUUCGAGGAACACGGGGUACACGAGGAAUAUGCGGAACACGAAGGCUUUGGGGAGCAUGAAGAGCUCCAAGUACGUGGAGGAGGACUCAACCAACACGAUGAGCAUGACGAGUUCGAGGAACAUGAGGAGAUGGAAGACGAUGAGGAACAAGAAGAGGCCGAGCAUUAUGAACAUCAUAAUGAGGGACAUGAUGAAGAACAGGAAGAGGUCGAGCACCAUGAACAUCAUGAGGAACAUGAGCAAGAAGAGGUCGAGCAAUAUGCACAUCAUAAUGAGGAACAUGAGGAGAUGCAAGACGAUGAGGAGCAAGAAGAGGUUGAGCGAUAUGAGCAUCAUGAGGAACAAGGGGAGAUGCAAGACGCUGAGCAUGACGAGUUCGAGGAACAUGAGGAGAUGCAAGAAGAUGAGGAGCAAGAGGUUGAGCACUAUGAACAUCAUGAGGAACAUGGCGAGCAGGAAGAGGUCGACCGACAUGAGCAUCACGAGGAACAUGACGAGCUUGAGGGAAAUGGACAGCACGAGCGCUACGAGCAGCGUGAGGAACGCAAGAUCCAUCCCUACGAAGCUUCAAGUCGUUGGAGAACAAAUUUUCCUGCUCUCCGCCAGCCCGAGAACAAGGAGAACCAUGUCGACAGAGAAAUGCGCUCUGAUUACCAACAACAACCUGAACAGUUGGAGCCUACACCUGAGCGUGAGGUGCAGCCAGUCGAGGCCACACCACCUCAUCAGAUGUCAUCGCCACUUCAGGAUCCUCAAUCUGUCCCUCCUCAGGACCACGUGCAGUACCCGAUCCUACGACCAGUCCUUUCCUCCAUCAUGCGAGCUGGCCGAGUUCUGCAAACCGUCACUUCUGACCCUCCCUCGCCAAGGGAACGAGAAAAGCAGCUGAGGAGUCCGUUCAGGAGCUCUGCAAGCAAAGAGCCGUCCCACAGCGCCACAGAAGGCAGCCAGCCGCCUCCGAGCAAAAGUCCACCGCAGGCGUUCCGCUUUGGCCGUGACCAGUCGACUGCUAACGGCGUGACUGCGGACCAGAGGAGAAAUGCUAGAUCCGGGCUUUUCGGUACGGGUUUCAGUAGCGCGCGUCCGAUACUCGGUAGUGCACGUCCGACACUUGAUGCGAGUGCAAGAGAGGCCCUGAACAGGAAACGGCCUCCAUCGAGAGAGUCAGUAGCCAGCUCUCUGGGCAACACGCCACCGAGUGGCGGUACCACGAAUCUGUUCGCAACGGAGCGUCCCAUAAACUCUGGUUUUAGAGGCAAUAACCCAUUAACACAACCAUCGCGCUUCUCGGGUAUUGGGAGCAGUCACCAACCUCUUCCCCUCGUCCAGGUUGAUGGUGCUGGAGAAGAGCCAGACAGGGCUGAGGAGGAGGAUGAUGAUGACCGAGGUCAAGUUCAAGAUGAAGAGCAAGCUCAAGGAGAGGAGGAGCAUCAGGGGCAUCAGGAGCAACGGAAGCAACAGCAGGGGAAGCAGCAGGAAGAACACAACGAAGAGGAGGAAGAUGACGAAGAUGACGACGAUGACGAUGACAUUGAUCUUUGGGAAUACGAAGCACAGCGGGAAGUACCGCCUCGCCCAGUAUUACAGCAGCCGCUGAUGCCUUUGACACAAGAUCGCAACACUGGCCCGAGCCUCACAAGCUCCUGGAGGGACGCACAAAAGGUACCUACGGCCGUUACUUCGAGUGCUCUGCCAAAUACGUCACGCACCAAGCAGACGGUCGAUGAGGGGCAGUCUGACAUGGACGCUGAGGAUGAGGAGCCUCCUCUGUUGUCUCAAGAGCAGGCCGAGCACGCGCCGGCGACUGCGUCCAAAUCCAAGCGAUUUGACCUGUCGUCUUUUUUCUCUUCGCCGGCUACGAUUCCAGGAUUGCUGGCCGGAAAGUUCAAAUCCAUCAAACCGAAGGCCUCUGCUGAGCGGAUCAACCAGCAAGCAGCAGUCCAACAAGAGGAGCCUUCCACAAUACCCACGACGUCAUUGUUUCCCAGACUCACGGGAAAGCUUGAUCGCACAGCUCCUCCAUCUUCGUCUAUCCCAUCCGAUCCACCGGAGGAUGAGCAAGUAGAUGAAGGUGCCUCAUCUCCCGCUACCCCUGAGAGACGCGGUCUUCUCACAAUUGCUCAGAAGCAGAACUUUGCCCCACGGCCGCGACAGGCUAACGACUCCUCUUUCUUUCAGACCUCGUCAUCUCAGUUGAGUACGAGUCCGACGAGGAUGCAGUUGACUCAUGAAGACAUUCAGAGAUGGCAGCUCGAAACGUCCAAUGUUGUUGAUGACUCGCCCAGCUUGAAGCCUCUACUAAGGCCUCUGCCGCCAAGGCAUGCCUCACCGAAGAAGUCAAAUCUCCGCUCUCCCCUGAAGCCUCACACGCCAGGACGAGUGGUUGAGUUUACGGGCAGCGUGCUGUCACCCGAGGAGCAAGCUCGGCUCCGCGAACAGCGCCUCCGGGCAAAUGGUGAGGUGUUCCGGGACAAUAUCAGCACCGCCGCUGCGGUGCCGAACCAUGUCCAGCCGCGGGCAGGUAAGGGCAGCAUACCCAAGCCGCAGCCGCAGCAACAGAAACAAAACCCCCUCCCGGCGCUCGCCCCAAGAAUCAUCAAGCCCGCAGGCGUGACGAAGAAACCACCGGUCAGGAAGCAUCGCAGACGAGAACCCCCCUCCCAGACGGUCUGGACCCGUCAGCACUGGAUCUUCCUCGACACGCUCCUGCAGAUGCGGCGGCAGCGGCCCUUUAGCGAAAGGUACCCUCCCGUGUCGCAGAGGUACCUGGGCAAGGUCGUCACUAGCAUGGGCGAGUCCCUGGUGCUGGAGAAGUGGCACCUCGAGUGCGUCGACGCGUUCAAGUCCCAGAUCAAGGGCUGGGACGAAGGGGAGCUGGCCAAGAGGCUGUUUGCGCUGAUUCUGGGAGAGGCCCAGCGGAGAAGGAGUUCGCUGGGGCAGUCUCCUGGCGUCAUGUUUCAUUGA